CCGGCCCUCACCGCGCGGGUACCCCCGGCAGUGUCGUGACGGCGGAUCAGCCCGGUGGUGGUCGGUCGGCUGAUGAUACGUCUUCGUGGCCGCGGUCGCUCGAGCUGAAGCGAGAAACCGUAGCGAGGAAAGCACGCGGAAGCAUCUCGGCUAUCCGGAGACGAGACGAAACGGGACGGGACGCGACGCGACGCGACGUGACACGACGCGCCGAGUAGUCAUCCAGGAGCAUCCCGGCACCGGUGCGACGCACGUACACACCGACGGCAAGCGGAACGAUGAGGCUCCAGGAAGCGGUGCUUCUCUGCGCCGUCUUGACCGUCGCAGUUCACUGCCAGAAGAACAAGAAGGACGAGGACAAGAAGGACGAGGAGUUCAGGUGUCCGGAAGGCCAGGGUAACGGGAACUUCGCCGAUCCGGCUACCUGCAGGAGGUUCUACCAAUGCGUCGAUGGAUACCCUUACCUGAACCGGUGUCCGUCUGGUCUGCACUUCGACGAUAUCAGCAAGUUCUGCACGUUCAAGAACGAGGCGCGAUGCGGACCCAUCGAGACCACCCCAGCACCGAUCACCGAGCCGCCGACAGACCUAGCCGAGCGAUGCGACACGGCCAACUGUCAGCUUCCGUAUUGCUUCUGCUCCCGUGACGGCACGAUCAUUCCCGGGGGUCUUCAGCCGGACGAGACGCCGCAGAUGAUCAUAAUGACGUUCGACGGGGCGAUCAAUCACAACAACUUCGACCACUACCAGAAGAUCUUCACCCAGGAUCGCGUGAACCCCAACAACUGCCCGCUCAAGGGCACAUUCUUCAUCUCCCACGAGUACUGCAACUACAACAUGGUCCAGAGUCUGGCGCACGAUGGUCACGAAAUAGCCACGGAGACGAUCUCACUACAGAAGGGUUUGGAGGACAAGGGCUACGAAGAGUGGGCCGGCGAGAUGAUCGGCAUGCGAGAGAUCUUGAAGCACUUCAGCAACAUUUCCACUAGCGAAGUGGUCGGUAUGCGAGCGCCUUACUUAAAGCCCGGUCGCAACACGCAGUACAAAGUACUCGAGGACUUCGGCUACAUAUACGAUAGUAGCAUUGGAAUCUCGCCGCUCAAGGUGCCGAUCUGGCCGUACACCCUCGACUACAAGAUCCCGCAUGAGUGUAAAGCGGGCACUUGUCCCACCAAGUCGUUCCAGGGCAUCUGGGAGCUGCCUCUAAAUGCGCACUACGUGGAGAGCUACGAAGGCGGGCAUUGUCCUUAUCUAGAUCAAUGCGUCCUUCACAACCACGAUCCCGAGGAAGUGUUCGAGUGGUUGCAGGAGGACUUCAACAGAUACUACGAGCAGAACCGAGCGCCGUACAUGAUGCCUUUCCAUACAAAUUGGUUCCAGAUUAAGGAGCUGGAACGCGGUCUGUCGAAAUUCCUCGAUUGGGCGGCGACGCUACCUGACGUUUACUUCGUUACUGCCACGCAAGCGUUGACAUGGAUAACCGAUCCGAAACCGAUCAAGGCUUUGCACAACUUCGAAGGAUGGUCGUGUAAAAAGAAAGAGAACUUGCCGGGGCCACCAUGCAACAACCCGCACAAGUGUGCCUUGGACUUCAAGCCCACCGAAUCGAACUUCACAACGACGAGGUAUAUGGAGACGUGUAGAGAGUGUCCGAACAAGUAUCCGUGGUUAGGAGACUCAAAGGGUACGGGAUUGUACAACGAUAAUUACAAUCCUGAAAGGAAGUAGGAGCGUCACUUAAGCGAGUUAGAUUUAAUUUUAGCGCAAGCGGUUCGCGCGUCUCGCCUGUUGUUAUCAAUAUGGAUGCUGCGUGUGAUAUAUCUAAUAACGACUGUAACAGACGUUUCAUUCCUCCUUCAAUGUCAGGAAUAGAAACUAUCGAUAAAGUUCUAUCUCAAAUGUACGACCCAGCGUGCGUGAACUUGUACUUUUAUUCUCGUACAGAGCAUAUACUUGACAAUCAUUCACAGGCAUCUAUAAUGUUAAGCAUAUACUGCCCGAUCUGGAUUAUUAACAAAGAGAAAAUAAAGUGUUUUCAUGCUGUAUGAAA